UUAUUUUGACAUCGAGUUCUCUAUCCGGAAGUACCAGCUCUUGCGUAAAAUCAUUUUAAAGAGAUUUCCUCGUUCUAGGGCGCCACACGCCAACAUUUCUAUUUUGGUUUCGUUUUAUUUUUGAGGUGUUUGUCGGUUAGAUUUUAAUUCUCGAGUGGUGACCAAAAUAUGCUUGAUGCAGAAUGACGUCCAUGGAGAACAUUGAGGUUUACAUCCCCAAAGAGGCGUGUGUCAAGAACAUCCCCUUUCAAUCCCUGUCCUCCUCUAUGAUCAGGAAGAUCAGUGUACAUCUGUGUCAUAACAGCUCUGAAACUCCAGAGAAACAGAUUGUGACAUGCAUCUCUCCGGUGGAGCUGAGUGUAAAAGCAGUGGCUGACAGCAGUGAAGUGAGGUCAUGCAUGACCAAAAUCACUCCAGGACAGUUUUGGCUGCCUGUUGUGAGUUCCAGUGUCAAGGCAUAUAAGAUUUUAAAAAGCAUUUUACCAGCACAUAGGCCUCCGGUACAGCUGUCAGUACCAGCACAUGAAGAUGCAUCUUUUCCUAUUAGCAAGGCGUCUGUUUUGCUAAAUAAUUCCUUAAUAAUUUUUAACAAUCAGAUCUUCCUGUCAGUAAAAAGGCCAAGGGGCAAGAGAGUGAGCUCUCAAAGCUUAACAUCUCCAAGUGCAUUUCCGGUUUCUCAAAGCCAGUGGCACCAGGAAGAUGCUCCACCUAGUUGCCAGACACAAGACACUUCCAGACCACAACAAAGCAUGACUCAGGAUCAGACUGUAAUCAGAGAUGAGCAAUCUUUGACGCUGUUGCAGAAAGUCUCAGAAGUAACUCCUGUGCAGCACGAUACAAGCAAAGAGGUACAAAAGGAUGCUGAGACAACUUCAGAUUCAGCCAACAGUCCACCCAAACCCCCGGAGGACCUAGAGCACAAUCAGACGGCUUCCAGUUUGCAAAUGUCAAAUUCCGAGCCCAAUAUUUUACACCAGUCUCAAAGCCCAACCCAGACGUCGUCUGAAAUGUCAGAAGAGCCCGAAACUGCAGGUGGAGAAGGAGAGACCCAUGGACAUUUAGAGACUGCAGGGUUUCUUCCCACGGUCGGAAGCUGUCUUGCGUUUGAUUUCCAGCUGCUGGCCAAAGAGGAGAAAAUCGGCCACCUACGAGCUCGACUUAAAAAGAAGGAGGCUGCACUCAGCGUCUUAAAAUCAAAGCCUACAGAUCAAGUUUAGAUGAUGUCAUUGUGGACUAGGCUAAAAUGUUCGUUAAGAAGACUGUGAUAGUUAUAUGAUGGUUCCUCGUGUUUGCAGCAGAAGGAUUUUUAUCAUUUCUUCCCAAAACGUUUUGUUUAAUUGCUAAGGUUAAUUCGCAAAGAUACAUGACAAAAACAACAUCCUCAUGUAAUUUGAAUAAUAAAGCCUGAGGAAUGAUGUCAUGCCUAUGGUAAUGAUUUUAAUGAGCUGUCCACCACCUGCCAUCGGCUUAAGUGUACAGAAACAUUUGCAAACACAUUUACAAACCUCAUAUGCAGUUGAAUAUAAUACAUUACAUGCAAAUAGCAAUGUUAGUUCCACUAGGCCAAAACUAGCUGGAUUUUUCAGUGAGCAUCCCAAAUAAAAUGAAAACAGUCCAUCAGAGUUGGAAGUUUUAUUUGUAAGUUGUAGAUGCACAGGCAAAACGAGCGCAAAACCAAAGCUUCUAGAGUCAGCAGUAAAAAAAGAUUAAUCACAAAAUAAAAAAUAAUAGAGCUACACAAGGCAAAUGCAUACAACAGUAAGAAAGUACAAGAAAAUACACACUAUAAACACUUAUGUAAGAAUAUUGCACAAAUUGUUCCGAGACAAUAAAUAAUAUGAUAAACAUUGAUACUUAGUUCAAUUAUCAUUUUUAGGACUUUCUUUACUAUUUGUAGUAUAUUGAGCUGUUCUUGUAUUCUGUGUCUCAACGUUCUCUAAUGUAAACACAACAAUUGAAACUAAAACCAAUAUUUCAAGACCCCUUCUUCCCGUCUCUCCGUUUAUUUAGCGCUCAUGAGCAACUCAAUGUAGUACAUCAUGUCUUAAUCCCACUUUCUGAAAGCCGUUUGCUGAUUACCGUACAUUGUGUAAGUGACUCCUGAGUUGAUGUACAUGAUUCUGACUGUUAACGAAACAUUUUGUCUUUAUUUUAUCACCCGGCGUGUGCCUUUCUUGGUUCUUUUGCGGGAGAAAGAAUCUUAUUGGCUGUGUGCGUGUUCUUCUCAUCUUUGUUUGUUUUCUCUUCUUCGCCCCUUAACUCGCUUAUCAUUUCAUUUGAAGCCUACACACUCUAGAAUCACUAUAGCUGACUUUUUGCUGAGAUACGCUUGUGAUAAAAUCUUGCUCUGCUGUCGUCACUCUUUAGCAGGAUUUCAAUGUCAUGCUGCAGGAAAUCUUGAAACCACCCUUAAUGAUGAACAUUCAAAGUAAGUGAUUUGAUCUGUGUUUAUUUAUACAUAACAAGCCCCAUGCCAGUGAACUCUCGACUUCUCAAUCUUGUGAUGACACAAUAAUUACAGUAGAUGCCCCAGCUGGAUAAAACUUCAAGAAUAAAUUUCUAUUAAGUUGAUUUUUUUGCUGCAUUAUCUCUGUGUAACACCCAGCCUCGCCUCGCUACGUCAGGUUUUGUUUGUUUUAUCUUAAUCACUGAUUUUUAUGCCAUUUCUUUGCGCUUUGAGCAAAAGACAAGCUUGUGAUUACAGUAGGUGCUUUCUGUCUAGGAUAGGUAGGAUGUGGCUGGGUGUGUGCCAAUGGCCCUCCCCCUGGGUGCUCCUAUAAGAACACACUGGUUUAAAAACUGCGGCAGAGGGACCAAACCUGAGGGGGCAGAAAAAAUAGACAUGCCAUCCAACGCAAUGCCUUCUUGCACCAGACACCUUCAUACAACCAGAGGAUUCAUGUGGAAGCAGGUGUCCAGCUGGAGGAGUGUGUGGGUUCUGUACUCCCUCAUCUGCGUGCUGGCACUGCAGGAGGGCAGCGAGGGCACCAAAGCACGCUGCGGGAGAGAGCUGGUAGCUGACCUGGAGUUUGUGUGUGGAGACCGUGGAUUUUACAGAGGCAAACCCGGAGGAUCCCGUACCAGCGGCCCUCGCUCUCGUGGGAAUGGGAUUGUAGAGCAGUGCUGCGUGCGAGGAUGUGACCUCCAGCAUUUGGAGUCAUACUGUGCCAAACCCAAAAGAGGGCGCCGUCAUGCCCCUGUGACACUGCAACACACUGUGGAAGAGCGAUUCAGGCAGUUGUUUCAAACGCGGUACCAAAAGCUCGCCGAGAUGAACAGGGAUCAUGAAACUACAUCUCAAAGACUCAGAGAACGAGCGCUGUACCAGUGGAACUUCAGGGGUCCUGUUUUAUUAAAUUCAGACACCAAGACACCCAACCGGACGCCCUCUGUUCAUCACCAUCUUUCCACUGACCAGAUUACACCAGCAGCAACAUUUAUCCCACGGAAUCGAUAGCCAAAGCUCUUUCUGGAUCUUGCAGGGACACAAUACAAUCCUAUUUCAUGACUUACUUCCUUGCAGAAUUAUGAACUGAGAAGUAUGUAUGAGAAACUAGUGGACAAGAUGGCAAAUACAAGAUGCUCUAUUGUUAUAACGACUUUUGAUCAUGAAUGAACAAAAAGUAUUUGAGCAAAGUUUAGGAUGCAAGUAUUUUUUAUACUACACUUAUAAACUUCAAAUACUUCAAAUAUCAGACCACUGAAAGCGAGGUAAGUUAUUUUGAAUGUUAGAAUUAUGAAUUUUUUUUGUAAUGUGAGAAUGCGUAAAUGUGUUUGUAAAAAGUUACUGAUACGGU